AUUUUCUCUCUAAUGUCACAGAACCUAACUUUUUACGUAAAAUACUUAGUCUGUUUUACCCCAAACUAUCAAAAUGUGUGACGAUGAUGUUGCUGCUCUUGUUGUCGAUAAUGGUUCCGGAAUGUGCAAAGCCGGAUUUGCCGGGGAUGACGCCCCACGUGCAGUGUUCCCAUCUAUUGUUGGAAGGCCAAGGCAUCAGGGUGUCAUGGUAGGAAUGGGACAGAAAGAUUCCUAUGUCGGAGAUGAAGCCCAAAGCAAAAGAGGAAUUUUGACUCUUAAAUAUCCAAUCGAACACGGAAUCGUCACAAACUGGGAUGAUAUGGAGAAAAUCUGGCAUCACACAUUCUACAAUGAAUUGAGAGUUGCUCCAGAAGAACAUCCCGUACUUCUCACUGAGGCCCCACUCAACCCCAAGGCCAACAGAGAGAAGAUGACUCAAAUCAUGUUCGAAACUUUCAACACUCCAGCAAUGUACGUUGCAAUCCAGGCCGUACUUUCUCUCUACGCAUCUGGACGUACUACCGGUAUCGUCUUCGACAGCGGUGAUGGUGUUUCCCACACUGUCCCUAUCUACGAAGGUUACGCACUCCCUCACGCCAUCAUUCGUUUGGAUUUGGCUGGACGUGACUUGACUGAUUACUUGAUGAAGAUUCUUACCGAGAGAGGAUACUCUUUCACCACAACUGCCGAACGUGAAAUCGUUCGUGACAUCAAAGAGAAACUCUGCUACGUCGCUCUAGACUUCGAAGCAGAAAUGGGUACAGCAGCCACCAGUAGCUCGUUGGAAAAGUCUUACGAACUUCCUGACGGACAGGUCAUCACCGUCGGAAACGAACGAUUCCGUUGUCCCGAAACCUUGUUCCAACCAUCAUUCAUUGGAAUGGAAUCUGCUGGAAUUCAUGAAACCGCAUACAAUUCAAUCAUGAAAUGUGACGUCGAUAUCCGUAAAGAUUUGUACGCCAACACUGUCUUGUCUGGAGGUUCUACUAUGUUCCCCGGAAUUGCCGAUCGUAUGCAGAAGGAGAUCAGCGCACUUGCUCCACCGACAAUGAAGAUCAAAAUCAUCGCCCCACCUGAGCGUAAAUAUUCCGUCUGGAUCGGAGGCUCCAUUCUCGCCUCUCUUUCCACUUUCCAACAAAUGUGGAUCUCCAAACAGGAAUACGAUGAAUCCGGCCCCGCAAUCGUCCAUAGAAAAUGCUUCUAAGCCAUCAUAGUUUCAACUACUAAUGUAGCGUAGACCGUGUCAAAUUAUUUCAAGAAAACUAAAAUUGUCUUCCAAAUUUUUUCCGAUAAGAAGAUUAGUUUAGAUUUUGAAAAAAAAUUUGAUGCUUUCUGCGCUACUUGGUAGUAAUAAAAUUUUCCUCUAUCAUCUAGUCAACUAACAUUAUAUCCAUCAUGUAUUUCCAAGAGUAAUAUCCUUGCAUUAGGUAGUUUCAAUCCUGAACCAUCAACCGUACCGUUAUUAUAUAUGGAAAUUGUAUUAUUAUCAAACAGGACUCGUGCAAUCUGUUUGUUGAUCAUAUCUGAGUCUGUUGUAAAAUACUUGUUAAUACUGGCAUACCGUAAUGUGUUCCAUGUUUUAUUCUUACUCGGAUGGUACAAAAUUUAAAUUUUUGAUAUUUGCAUAAAAUUUAGCAAUUGCGUUUUUAUAUUUCUAUUGUUGCAAAUUCUUACCCAUAUACUUAACUUUUCUUUGGGCAAGCUCGGACCAUGAAUAAAUUUACAUGUUAUCCACGGUCCGUGUUUGUCCUUGGACAACAGAAUCUAUCAAAUAUACUUAGAUGUCACGUGAGCAACAAAGGUUCAUCAUUGUGAAUAUUACAUUGUGUUGUGUCGCAGUUAUGACGUCAUUAUUGAAUUUAGUCAUGCUAGAAUAUGACAUCAUAAUUACUUAAAAUGAAGUUUUUAUGGCGUCACUUCUUCGAUUAUGACGUCAUAACUAUUUUUAGCUUCAUUGUAUUAUAAUACUAUACUCAGUGUGCAACUUUACCAUCAUUGUGUUAUAAAUGUCGAAAACCCUUUUACAUUCCGUCCAAUCUUGUCUUCAACGCCAUUUUUUGUUACCCGCCAUUAUUGUCUUUCCCUAUCCCUACGUCAUAGUACUUUACUUGAACUAUAUGUUACCUAACAGUACUAACUUGCCCUUGUUUUGUUUUAG